AUGCAUCAUGGAAGGCAUUCUGAACUAUUUCCAGGUCGGACAGAUUUGCAGUGUCGCAGCCGCUGGAAGAGAGUUCUCAACCCUGAGCUAAUAAAAGGAACCUGGACCAAGGAGGAAGAUGACCUUAUUAUUCAACUAGUUGAAAAGCAUGGUUGUAAGUGGUCUGUCAUUGCAAAGUCCUUGCCAGGUCGUAUAGGCAAGCAAUGUCAAGACAGGUGGCUCAACUACUUGAACCCUGCAAUAAACAAGGAUGCAUGGACAAGAGAGGAAGAGGAGGUUCUAGUUUGUGCCCACCAAAUAUAUGGAAGCAAAUGGGCAGAAAUAGCCAAGUAUUUACCAGGAAGGACGGGUAUCUUCAUAAAGAGUCAUUUGAAAUCUUCUGUCAAGAAGAGAUUGGAUUCAUUUUCAGAAUCAGGGUUUAUUGAACAACCUCUUGGGGCUGUUGCUCUUGAUUUGAACAGUGAUAUACAGAGUGUAGAAUGUCCAAAAGGAGAACCUCUGAAGAGAUAUGCUGAUGAUUUUAUAUCACAUGAUUGGAAACUAAAUGCAGGCAGUUUUAACACUUCCAAUGUGGGUUUGGGUCAUCAGAAUAUCAGCCCAAAAGAGCAGUUUUUGGAUGUGCAGUCCACGUUUACAGGAGAUUCCAAGUGUUUAAGAGCGGGGAAUAUACAUACACUGCCAGAGGAUUCCAAACACUUACACAAAGUGGUGGAACCAAUUACAGAAGAUUCUAAGUGUACGACACCAGGGGAAACUAAUUACGAACCUUUGAAGAGUUUACAGCAGAACUUGUCAAAGUCUGGUGACUUGGCCCUUAGAGAUGUGAACAAAAAAUUUAAAGGUACCAGUAUCUCAAGUUUACAAACAUGUAAACCAAGUGACAGUGACGGAACUGCUGAUAUCACCAUAAUUCUCACUACACCUCAACAUUUUGAUGAUGGAAAUUGUGGUUCCUUGCUUCAUUCACCUUUGCAGUUGAUGGAUGGAGAUGUUUGCCUUUCAAGUGAAAAGUUAUCUAAAUCUAAGAAUCAUAUUCAACCUACACCCAGUCCCAUUCAUUGUUCUACAACACUAGACCUUUCUUUAAGUCUUUCUUGUAUUCCAAGCAGCCCAGAGCCUAUUGUAAGAAGUGCAGCAAAAAGUUUCAAAAGAACUCCUGUUUUGCGAAAACAAGGACACGAGUUUUAAACAGUUGUUUCUAGAAAAGUCAAAGAUGGAAACUGUUGGUGCAAAAUAUUCUGAUGGCAUGAGCAACUUUUCAUGGAAGGCUGAAGGUUUUAAGGAUGUUUUGGGGUCUGAAUACAUGCAUCAGAUAGGAAGCAACAACCAUUUUGAUCUCAACAAAACUGUUCGCGUAACUGGUGACCAGCUUUGCUCCUCUCAUAAUUUUUUAAAACAUGAAGACUCUGGUGCUACAAAAUCUGUGGAAGAAAGUUUAGAAGGAGUGUUCGAUAUGGAGUGGGAUCUAUCUUUGUGAUUUAUGUAGCUUUACACAAGGUUCAACUACGACCAGCAACAGUAAGAUGUUACUUAGAUUUAUUCCAAAGGCAUAUGCAUAUAUUAGGUAAACAAGAUGUUACCGCUUUUUUUUGUCUUAACAUAUCCUUUUGAUAUAGACAUUUUCCCUUUGGCAUGUCCUGUAUUUCAAUUUUCAAUAUUAAACUGCCAGAUAUUAUUUUUUGUGCAUUAUCAGCACACAUUUUACAUAUCAUAUCUCACUAGUUUCAGCAAAUAUAAAUUGCCAUGGAUCCUCAUAACAUCACAGUGGCAGGUCCAUAUAACAUGAACUUAGGACCAAAUUUCUUCUUGGCAAAAUCCUCAUGGCGAGACAAUUGUCCUCAGUCUUCUGUAAAUUCAAAUACAUUAAUGAGGUGGCUAACCAACUUGUCAGCUGCCUUUGCAUUGCUGUUUAUUUAUUAUCUAAAUAGACUACUAGGUAUUGAAACAAGAAGCAGGUAUUGAAGUAAAUCCUCUCUCUGAAUGCUAAUAGAUCUGUGAGGGGGAUUUGCCAAAUAGUGGCUGUUAUAGCAUUGUUUUUAAUAUAUUGUUUAGAUUGUCUAGAUUGAUGCGGCUGAAGAGAAACUUAUCGGGCUUUAAUUUAUGUUGAGCUGCAAGCUGCACUGUGCUAUUUCUUGUAUUGUUGUCAGCAUGUUGGAGGGAUAUGAAACAUUAACCCUGAUCUUUUUUCUUACCGAUAUCUGAAGCUCAACUGAAAUGUAGAAAUCACAGGCAAAGACAACAAAAGGAAGCCUAGUAAUUUCUAACCAGUAUCCACUGGGAAAAUAUAAUUUCAAAGAUAUG